GGACAUUUCUCGGGUUUAGGUGGCUGCUAAGAACGUGUCGAUUCUUCCAUUUCCACUUCAACCGUAGCAAUGUCUCACAGGAAGUUCAGUGCGCCUCGUCAUGGCUCCAUGGGAUUCUACCCCAAGAAGAGGUCCAGGCGUCAUCGUGGUAAGGUCAAGGCCUUCCCAGUCGAUGAUGCCUCCAAACCAGUCCAUCUGACCGCUUUCAUCGCCUACAAAGCUGGCAUGACCCACAUCGUGCGUGAAGCCGACAGGCCCGGAUCAAAGAUCAACAAGAAGGAAGUUGUUGAGGCUGUCACCAUCUUGGAAGCCCCACCAAUGAUCGUUGUUGGUGUCGUCGGUUACAUCGAAACACCUAAUGGUCUCCGCGCUUUGGCCUCCGUCUGGGCUGAGCAUCUCUCUGAUGACUGCCGUAGGAGAUUCUACAAGAAUUGGUCCAAGAGCAAGAAGAGGGCUGGUGUCAAUGCCGCCAAGAAAUGGCAAGACCAGUUGGGUAUGAAGACCAUCGAGAAUGACUUCAAGAAGAUCGUCAAGUACUGCAAAGUUGUCCGUGUUAUCGCCCACACUCAGAUGAAACUGAUGAAGCUGAAGCAAAAGCGUUCUCACAUUAUGGAAAUCCAAUUGAACGGUGGAACCAUCGCCGACAAAGUCAACUGGGCCCGUGAGCACCUUGAGAAGCCCAUCCCAGUUUCCAAUGUCUUCGCCCAAGACGAGAUGAUUGAUACCAUCGCCGUCACCAAGGGUAAAGGAUUCAAGGGUGUAACUUCCCGUUGGCACACCAAGAAAUUGCCGCGUAAGACUCACAAGGGUCUGCGUAAGGUCGCCUGUAUCGGUGCUUGGCAUCCUUCCAGGGUGUCCUUCACCGUCGCUCGCGCCGGUCAAAAGGGCUACCAUCAUCGUACCGAGAAGAACAAGAAGAUCUACCGUAUCGGAGCUGGCAUCCACACCAAGGACGGAAAGGUCAUCAAGAACAACGCUUGCACCGAGUACGAUCUGACUGACAAGUCCAUCACCCCGAUGGGAGGAUUCCCGCACUACGGUGAGGUCAACAACGACUUCGUCAUGAUCAAGGGUUGUUGCCCGGGACCCAAGAAGAGGGUCAUCACCUUGAGGAAGUCCCUCCAAGUGCACACCAAGCGUAUCGCACUCGAGAAGAUCAACCUCAAGUUCAUCGAUACCUCGUCCAAAUUCGGUCACGGCAGAUUCCAGACGCCGGCUGACAGGACCGCCUUCAUGGGCGUCCUCAAGAAGGACAGGAUCAGGGAGGAGGCAGCCCAGGCCGCCGCCGCCGCCACCGCUAGCUCUUAAAUCUAUCACGACUUUCGGGUUUACAUUAUUGAAUCCCGGAAAGAAUGUUUUACAAUGUGAUGCGGACCGAUUGAGGAAUAAAUGGAAAAAUUUAUAUAAAA